AUGACGAUAUUUUCGUUCCACAUACCCAGCGGGCAAACUGGUGGCACUCACAAGCUUGAUUUAACUCUGAUAAAUGAAGAUGAAGAGUUUCAGGGUGUGAUUGGAUACGAAGCGUCCGAAAAGAUAAAGGAGAAGCUGCCUAACUCACUCCAAAAUUUAAGUAAAAAGUUGGUAAGGAGCCUGUUGCAUCACGACCUGACCGUAAUCAACAAGAAGACGGAGAACUAUAAGCCGAAAUGGGUGAUAAGAAACAACAGAAACAGAUUCGAUACAUGCUAUUUUAAAAUCGGAGAAAGAAUUUUGGGCAGAGUCUCCAGAGUGUUUCCAACCUAUGCCCUGGUUGAUAUUGGAUGCACAAAGUACGGAGUCUUACACGCGAGGGACAUGAGUAAGGGGUGGGUGGACAGAGUGGAUCUCACAUUGACACCCAAGGAGGACAUCCACGUGUACGUGAAGUCGAUAAACGAAAAAUACGAUACAAUAAGAUUGUCACUAAUACCGCCAGAGGAUAGAAGUACCUUGUUGGAUCAGGAUGAAGGGGAAAGGGCAAGUGGAAUCAAAACCGAAGAAAGAAAGCCCAUAACAGAAUAUGAAGUUGAGGACGUUGUUGAGGGUGUCAUAGUCCGGGUCUCGCCCUUAGGGUACUAUGUUGACAUAGGAGCGGCCGUCGAUGCGUUUCUCCAUAUAAGUGACAUCAAAGUGACUGAUAAGAUGAGGAAGAGCUACAACGGAAGGAUAUACAAGGAUAGGAAUAAGUAUAAAAUUGGAGGAAAAUUGAACCAGUUGUAUAUUAAGUCCAUCGAUAUCAUAAAAAACAGAAUCGGAUUGACUGAAAAUACGCUGUUCGAAGAACUUGAAAGAAAUGUUAUGACCGGUAAAGAGACACCCGAACAGCAAUCAUCUUACUUAAGAAACUAUAGUUUGGAUUUCAUGAAAGAGUUAAGAGUUAGAGAUGUAGAAAGUUUGAAAUACAUUGGUGGAUACGAUGAGUAUUUAAAAGGACUUAAGGCAAAUAGAAAUGCAUCGAUGGACUAUCUGUUGUAUCUGGAGAAUUUGAAGGAGCAAAAGGACCUUGAAGACAUACAAAAGAACCUCUUUAAAGACCUGUCGUCGAAAGAGGCGAUUAGAAGGGACCAAAAAUAUUUUAACACGCUGGCGCACAGGAUCAUUGACCUGAGUAACAUGGCAUUUCCACCAACUGAGGAUGAAAAGUCAAUAUACAAGUACGGAGACAACAAAGUGUGGAAUUCAGACAUAUACACGCGCUUUAUACCCUCGUCUGAAACAGAUGGGUCACCCAAACAGACAGAAAAUGGUAGUUCAGACGAGAAAGACAGCAGGGAACGGUUAAGAGAAGAAAGGCUGAGAAGACGAGUAAACAAGGAAUAUUUUAAGACGCUCGCGGAUGAGAUUAAAAACGGGUUAAUGGAUGUCCAGGGAGAAAACUUUGAUUUCUCGGAAAAGUAUGAGCAUUUUAACAGGUACGACCAGCCUUACAAGCUGAUCAACUACCUGUUUGAGCAGUUCCACAAGAAGCCGAGCGAUAUCUCAGUGCAAACAGAUAAACACGAACAUAAGAGGCAGUAUCUGCACUCGUCUCAGUCUGAAGAAAACAGCAGCCCUGGUACAGAUUCAGUUGGGGACCAGGAGAUGUUUCUGAACAACGACCCUGCACUAUGGAAGGAGAGGCUGGAAAUGAGGGAGAGACGCAUGGCUGAGAAGGAGGAGUUCAUAAAUCAACUUUUGAAUAGUUCAAAUAAGCACGAGGUGGAGCUGGGCCAGUUGCUCGUAGAGACGAAGGACUUUGACCCUUUCGAACACUGCAACACGCUCUACGAGUCCCAGGAGUCCUGCUUUAAGGGCGCGUCUAACUUGUUUAAGGACGACGUGUCCACGUGGAACGACAGGGUGUGCAAGCUGAUUUCAGAAAACAAGAUUGCCCUCCCAGAGUUUACAGACGACAUUGGUGAAUUUGGAGAAAUAAACAAACGCGGCGGUGACAAGGUGCUGGACGACGACGACAUAGAGGACAUAGACCCUGAUAUUCUCAAGGCGCUCGACGAAAAUGACGACGAUGGCGACUUUACGGCACCUAGGAUUGAAGGCCAAGUCGGUGAGAACGAAACGAAUGAGUUCAUGGACGACGUUGACUAUGACUCUGAGGACGACUACGCGGACUACCCUGAUCUUGACGAUGUGGGCUUACAGGUAAAAGAUGAUGAACGUGGGCAGGACUUCAAAACUAUGAGUGAUGGUCAUGAUGUUGAUGCCUCAGUUGGCGCGCAAUUGACUCAGGAGCACAACCUGGCUCCCACUGGGAAUUCGACAAGUCAUCCUAGUCUAAAACGUGAGAACAUAAGCAUACCGAAGUUCAUAUCCAGACUUAAAAAGGAUAAGAAUCUCGAACAUUUUUUCUUAAACACCGAUUCUCCACUGACCACUUUAGUCUCCGAGUCACAACCGACCAAUCAGAAUCCCGUUGAAUCUGGGCCCGAAAUUGACGCUAAAUCAAGGCACUUGCUGCAUGAAAUUAAAAACAUAGUCCAUAAAAUAGUUGAUACUGGCACCACUGAUGACCAAAAUGAUGCAACGCCUAACGAUAAUGUCGGUAACUCUUCCACUCAGGCCGACAUCGCCAGUGCCUCUGCUUCUUCAUUUUCAACCCUUGGCACUUCAAACAGCGAUUCCGCCCAUGACAAUUUUAAUGGUCACUCCUCUCCUCAAAUUGAACGUAACCUUUCCGCUGAUGACCAUUCCCAGGAUAUUCACCUGCUACGUAGAAAGUCCAGGGGCUUCUUUUCGAGCAAGGACUUCAAAAUGCUCCUCAAGUACGCCAAGCAGAACCUCACUUCCAACGACCUCGAAGCGCUUCCCAGGCUCGUUUCUUCCAACAACUCUUAUGAGGAGGAACGCCUGAUGACCAUUUUGCGCGGCGCCUACGGCAGUAAGCAGACUAACCCCAAGUACACCUACUACCCUGAGGGCAUAGACGUCUACUUGGAGAGGCAGGAUGCGGGCGAGCGGUCCGAGGCUCGCGUUAGCGCCUACAAGGCCGAGAUGGACGCCAAGCUUCGCGUUCUUCUUGCGAACCGAAGCUUCUUGAGCAUGCUCAAACGCCUCAAGGUCGACCCCAGGGUGCUCAAUUCCUCCAACAUCACUCAGCUGCUUCCUCAGCAGCUCCAGUUCCACCGACUCACUCCCUCAUCUCACGGCAACGAGUCGACGUAG